AUGAUACCCAACAACGCCUUCCACAUGCAGCAGCACAUGCCUCAGCAGCAACUCCAGCAUCCUGCUACCGCACCACACAACUCUGCCUUCGCCAUGCAGCCAUCUGUCUACGCUCACCACCAACAGCAGCAGCAACAGCAACAACAGCAACAGCAACAGCAACAGCAACAGCAACAGCAACAGCAACAGCAACAGCAACAGCAACAGCAACAGCAGCAGCAGCAGCAGCAGCAACAGCAACAGCAACAGCACGCGCAGAUGCAGCAUCAACAGCAUCAACAGCCGCAGUCGCAGCCAGUUGUCUAUGGCGGUGCUUCGUCUAUGCAAAAUCCUCAGGUAGCCUCUUCUGCCUACCACCCGACCAUGCAACAGCAUCAGGCGCAAAUGGCCAGGAUCGCACAGGCGAGUCAACCUCAUAUGCUUGCUCAACAGCAACGUCCGCCCAUGUCUGCUGCCAACGUCGCCUUCGCUCAGCAACAGCAACAACAGCAGCAUCAACAGCAGCAGUUACAUCUACAGCAACAACAACAACAACAACAACAACAGCAACAACAGCAACAACAUCAGCAACAAAGCAAUCAGCAUCAGCAUCCGCAAGCUCAGCAGCCACAGAAUCCACCACAAAUGAACGGUCUUUUGCGUGCUUGCUUUGUCCCCUGGGCCUUACCGAAUCCGCGCGAGCGAACAAAGCUCGACGUCCAAUUGCGUCUGGAAUCGCUCGACUUUACUGUACAUGCGCACACCGGCUACAUUCCACGCGUAGCCAUCCAAAAGUCCAUAGUCGACCAUCCGCUUCCCAACAGCCUGGUCGCCAAUAUUCUCAGCACCGGCGAUGUCAACGCAUCCGGCCCCAACGGUACAAGAAAGGCACAUGCAAGAGGCGGCGCCGCUCGCAAGGACGAUUCCGACGACAUCAAACGAGACGAGAAUGGUGAGACAACUGUCAAGAUCGAAGACGGACUUGGCUCUGCAGACGACGAUGCAAAAUGUCAAAGUGGAUACACCGUGUCCGUUGAAAGAACCUUCUUGCCCGACUAUCCAGUCAACGAGUAUGGCAUCAGCUUGCGUGCCAUGCGCUGCCUCGAAAUCACCGAAAGCGUCUGCCAGCUGCGCGAUCUGAUCGAUCUCAGCAUGCGCGAAAAGUUGGGUCCCAUCGAUUCGCUACGAAAGUUUGCUACUCAGUAUCGCGAAAUGCAGUCUGGUCGGCCCAUGUCCAACAUGGCCACUUCUGAUGCAAUAGGCGCAGGACAGCAGCAGCCACAGAUGGCCAACAGUAUGCCAACACCAUCGCAAAUGCCUGGUCGGCCACCGAGCGCACAAGGUGCGCCCGUCGACAACGGCAACAAUUCCAAUCAUGCAUCACCCAGCGUAGCCAACGGCGUUUCGGCAUUGAAACGAAAGGGCAAGACAGCGCCUAGUCCAAGUCCAAAGCUGUCCAACACUAGCAAUCCGGCCAAGAGACAGCGAUGA